AUGUCGGGAGGAGGAGCACCGUCGAGGUACGUGAAGUUGACAAAGGAACAAGCUCCGGUCGAUGAGGUUAACCCCGGCGAACUCAAUCAACCAAUUCAGGUUCCUGAACUAGGUGUUUACAAAUGCAACGAAUGUGGCCAAACUUUGCCUGAAAAUUUUGAAGCUCCUGCAGAUGAGCCAUGGACUACCGGAAUAUUCGGGUGCACUGAGGACAUGGAUAGCUUUUGGCAAGGAUUAUUUUGCCCAAGUGUUCUGUUCGGACGUGUCUAUGAAACUCUGAGUGAGGAGGAAACCUCAUGGAAGAGAGCAUGUGUUUGCCAUUCGAUUGUAGUAGAAGGCGGUCUUAUGGCCGCAUCCAUGCUUGUUUGUAUUCCCGGUAUAGAUCCACAUACCACGUUUCUUUUAUGGGAAGGCUUGUUUUUUGUUUGGUGGAUGUGUGGGAUUUACACUGGAAAUGUCAGGCAAACUCUACAGCGCAAGUAUCAUCUCCAGGACUCUCCUUGCGACCCAUGUAUGGUGCAUUGUUUCCUCCAUUUCUGUGCGGUUUGCCAAGCACACCGUGAGAUGAAGAACCGUCUUUCGGAUAACUUUGUGAUGCCAAUGACUGUGGUUAACCCGCCACCAGUUCAAGAGAUGAGUUCCUCCUCUAACAACGGACACCACCAUGACUCUGUCCCGGUACGCAAAGUCUUUAGCGUUGAGUUUUCUAGAUACAGAGUAUCGAAAACAUUACAAUUUCCAAAGAUGACCGGAAGAGAUGCUGCUCCGAUUCCCAACGUUGACUUACCUUCUACAACGGCGGGAUCACGAGUUUCAGCAUCGUUGCCAUGCCAACGGAAAAGUAUAGUUAACGCAGGACAGGGAGAUGUUUUCUACGGCGAAGAUGACGUGGCAGAUUUGAUGUUUGGAGAAGAAGACGUGGAACAAGACUCGGUGAUGAGAGCUUACAGAAGUGACGAAGCCAUGAGAUCUAUUCAAGAUACAAGAAGACGACAAAGAAGAAGCUUUUUUUGCUUUGAAUGUUUCGACUUUCUCAUACUUGUUUUCUCUAGAAAUAGGAACUAA